AUGUUGGGCAGGCUGCGACUGCCUUUCACUCAGACCAACACCUCAAACUCACCCUCCUCGCCUUUCUGCUGGGCUCUGGCCGCCGCACUGCUGACACACCCCUUCGUUUUCCCUCUGGUGUCGUUUACAUCCACUGCCGACCUCCUCGACUACAUCUCCUGCUGUCAUCCCAACCUCGGUCCUCUCAGCCGGGCCAUCAUGAGGUCCGUCAAGCUCAAGUCGCCCGUCAAGACCUCCGUCGCCCGCCACGACGAGCAUCCUGAUCAUGACGAGUUCGACCCGUCCUGUGCAAUCUGCCAGGUCGACGUGGGCACCAAGUCCCCGGAUGGCAUCAAGGAGGGCUGGUCAAUCACCCCGUGCGGUCAUGUCUUUGGCAACGUCUGCAUCAAGCGUUACCUUUCCAUAACCGACAAGCCGCUGUGCCCGGUCUGCCGGACCGACCUCUUCCACAUUUGCUCGCACCCAGUCCUGCCCGCAGCCUACGACCCGAACAAGUCAAGACUAUCCCGCGAGGAGGCCGCACGCCAGAGCUUCCCCGGUGACGUCCGAAAUAACGACUGCUCCUACUGCCGACACCAGAGACACAAGCUGGCGAGGCGCCAACGGGUUCAGGAGAUGCUGGAGGGCGGGCCGCGUGGGCCGACGGAGGACCGUAGCGACAGCGAUAGUGACACCGACGGCGACGGCGACACGGAGGGGACCAGAACGCCAAGGACGAAGGGCCUGAGGUGGGCAAUGUCAGCACUGCGCAUAGCAAACGCCGUGGCAAGGCUGACACUGGACGUUACCCAUAUUAGGAAGAUGAAGUCGCUGCACCCCGAAGAAGAUGAUGACUACGAGAACGACGCAAACGACUCCCCACAGCUGGUACCGACCUCGAAUCGAGACCUCCCCCCUGUGCCCGGCGCAUAUGGCUAUUGGGACGUGGCUAGGAAGGGCCCGGACUGGAAGUUCCUGUCGUUUUACGACUCGCAGGAGCCAAAGAUGAAGACCACCGCCGAUCAGUUCUCAUAA